ACUCUGCGCUCGGCCGGACGUGACGUAACCGCGCGCACCGUCGAGAGCGUAGAGAACCGAGUCGUCUCUAGUCGUCGCCGACGUGUCCCGGUCGUCGCGUUACCAUCAAUACACCGUCUCGCGUUAUAAACGUACGAUUACUCGCGUAGUACACAAACGUUCCCAGUGACGUGCGCUUCGUGUCACGUCGGUUCGUAGAAAUUCGAGUCGAGUGUUAUUGUUAGAUCGAAAUAGUACAAUCGUUGUGACUCGUUUGGCGUAGACGCGGUACUGCCGCGUGUACACACGCACGCUACUGCGUGGGUGUCGACGGAUUUUAAUAACUGACGCUUGGGAAUUGCCGGCCGAGCCGGAUUGUUGCGAGCCAACAAAAGUAGUGAACUAGUGAACGUAAACUUUGUGAGUGACGCUGGGAUCGAAAAUAUUAGUGGUUGUUCGUCUGGAAGAUUGAAAGGGUCACGUUGAUUCAUUCAUUGAAGAUCGGAGGACCACAUUAAUUUACUGGUUGAUGAUUCGUGAGUCACGUUGAUUCAGUCAUUGGAAAUUGAAGGGCUACAUUGAAUCGCUGAUCGGCGUUUGAGAGAAUCAGAUUGACUCACUUAUUGACGGUUGAACGGUCACACUGGUUCACUCUUUGAAAGUUCACGUUGGAAAACAAAAUAACAAAUCGUGAGAAGAAAUAGAGAUUUAAGUUUAGUUAGAAAAAAAAUGGUGACGAUAUCGCGAGUGGAAAGUAAAACAUAUUGACGAUUGUAAGAAAGUUACUUAGAAAAGGAACGAGGAAUCUGUUAAGAAGUAAAUAUUAACAAAUACCAAUAAACCGUGUCAUUAGUCCAACCAACCAGACAUGUGUAAAAAGAGUGAUGUCGUUUAGUAGAAGAAUCGCCACAAUCUUGACGUUACUAUAAAAAAACACGAAGAUCCCAGAGCAAGUAAUGUGUAGCAACUUCUUAUCCUCGUUCACCCUAAUCUUGCCAAUCAAUUAAAAAUAUUAUCAAUCAAUUGACGUCAUGUUCGUCGAACAUUAACAUCGAUCAUCCAAUAUCUACGUAGAUCUACAAUUCCUCUGUCACCUUGAAUACGUGAGAAUAUUUUCGAUCACGUGACUUUGACCUCUGCAAAAAUUUCGAAACCCAAAUAUUAAUAGAAAGAAAAACCAAAGAAAAUAUCAAGCAUCGAUUAAGAGGAAAACUACAGAUAUAAAAAAGUAGAAGAAGAAGCCCAGAUAUAAAAAAACGAGAAAGAGGAAAACCUGGAUAGAAAGCGCGAGGAGGAGGAAAACAGGAAAAGCUUCGUUUUCGAAAAUCGUGCACGUAGGGUCGUCAGUCACGUGGGGGACUAGCGAGAGCGGAGUUCGCCACGGCGAAACACGAACCGUGGAAAGAUGCUGACUAUGUCGACCCUGAUGAUGCCGACAACGAUGACCACUAUGACGAACCCAGGCCCUAUACCGGCUCACAGCAUGCCGCAGAAGAUAGAACCACCGAAACUGACCGCAGCAGCCACCCUCGCCCAUACGGCAACGGCCGGCAACAAAUCAGAACACUACCACAUAUUCGUAGGGGAUUUGAGCCCGGAGAUCGAGACGCAGACGUUGAGGGAAGCCUUCGCUCCUUUCGGGGAAAUCUCAGGCAUAAACGUCGCGAGGAAGAUUGGAAACGCUGCCAAGGGAGAAGGCGACGACGACGACGACGGUGUAGCCGGGAGCACAAAGCCAGGGAGAGGUAACUCUUAA